AUGGCUGCUGCAUCAACCGUCCCAGGUCUUGCCUUAGGGCCAAGCACAAGCUCCAAGCCAGUGGCAGCACUCACCCACGGGUCCUUAUCUCUUGCAACAACAUAUAAAGAGCAUAAGGCCUUGAAAACCUUGCAGCAGCACCAAACAUGUAUGAGGAUGAGAGCGGUGAAUAAAUCAUCCAGAAAUCUUAGAUUACCUAUGGUCAUGUCAUCAAUGAGCAACCUCAAUAUCAAUUUCAGCCCGCAUUCUUCAUCAGAUACAAUUAAGCAGUUUUACACCUGCAUCAAUGAGAAAAACUUGAAGCAACUGAGUAAAUUUUUCUCCGACGAUUGCGUCUUAGAAGACUCCUCAUUCCCUCAACCAUUCCAAGGGAAAAAGGAGGUAAUGCAGUUCUUCAAGCAAUUGAUCGCAUGCAUGGGUCAAAAUUUAGAGUUCAAUAUAGGACAUGUUUGGGAAGGAGAUGACCUCACAGCUGGAGUAACUUGGCACCUAGAAUGGAAGAAGAAACAGUUGCCCUUCACCAGAGGCUGCAGCUUCUAUGAAUGUGCAAAAGGAGAAGCAAGACUAGUCAUCAAGAAAGCUCACUCUGUAACUGAAUCACCAAUCAAACCAGGAAGAUUAGUGCUGGUAAUUUUACGUGUUUUCAUAAUCCUAGAGCACCAUGAAAUGUUGAUAUUAGUUGUUUCAUUGACAAGCACAUUUAUCCAAAUAUUGAUUAGUCUACCUUUUUUCUCUUGGCCAUCUGGAAUUUUCAUCUUUCAGACUCUUUUGAAGACCAUGACCUCCCUAUUUGAUGCAUUUCCACAGGCUGCUGAGUGGUUCCUAAAGAGUCCCAAUGUUAUGCUACAAUGGUUUCUAAAGAUUUACAAGAUAGUUUUGGAGCCAUCUAUAGUGGCACUUCUGGGAUACUACAUCAACAUCUGGAAUUUUGUGGCUCACAUACUUAACUAUACAUUCAAGAUACUGAUGCACAUUUCAAACAUUUUCUUCCAGUAA